AGCAAAAUAAUGGUGCAACAAAAGGAUAUCACGCAUUCUGACAGGCCGGCGUUCGAGCUAAAUUCAAGUUGACGCGAGGAGACAGCCUUGCCGGACGGCCAAUUCGAAGGGAACUUUUGAUAUCUAUAGUCAUUCUGGCUCCGGAUACAAAGACGUGGCUGCCCAUAAAACACGCGGGGAGCAAGGAUGGACGAGGAGGAGCAAGGCAGUCGUCGCCCGCGCCGAGCAGCUGCUGCGGCCGCACACGACCUGUUCAUGGCUGCAGCAUUUGACGAUGAUGAGGACGAUUACGUACCUGAGAGCGAGCCCAAGCGGGGGCGGGGCAGAGGCCGUGGUCGGGGGCGGGGCCGUGGCCGUGGCCGGGGCCGAAGCUCUGCAGAGGCCGCCGCUGAAGACGACGAGGACUACGCCUACGGCUACCAGCCUGCAACAGCGUCGGCGCCUAAGCGCAAGGCUGAUUUGAACGAGGAAGAUAUGAGCGCAGCGGCAGCACACGGUGGCGUUGACGGGCGCAACACGUCGCAGCUUGCGGCGCUACAGCAUGCGCAGUGGGCGCAGCGACAGGCUGCGCAGCAUCAGGCGCAACAGGCAUCCAUGUUGGGCGGAGUGGGCACAUUUGGCGGCAGUGGAGUGGUGGGGCAGCCAGUGUCGGGGAUUGGCGCUCAGAGCGACGUGGCGGUGUCUCUUGGCCUGGCGCAGGGCCUGCAGAUGCUGCACGCUCUGCAAGCCCAACAGCAACAGCAGCAACAGCAGCAACAGCUGCGUCAACAACAAGCUUUAUUGCAACAACAACAGCAGCAGCAGCAACCUCAGCACCAAUACGGACUUGCCUUGCAGCAGCAGCAACAACAGCAGCAGCAACAUAAUCUGCUUCAACAGGCGCAAUUGCUUCAACAGCAGCGCCUGCAGCAGCAGGAGCUCCAACACCAACAGCAGCUGCAGCUCCAGCAGCACCACUUGCAGCACCAGCAGCAACUGCUUCAGCAGCAACAGCAGCAGCACCGACAGCAGCACCACCAGGAGCUGAUGAUGCGGCAGCUGCAGCAGCAACAGCAGCAGCAGCAACAGCAGCAGCUGCAGCAACGGCAUGCGGGUGCCGGUCACCAGCACCACUACGUGACCGGUGCAGCCACGGCGGGCGUGAACGGGGUCGUGUAUGCGCCGGAUGGCGGUGACUUGGCUGCUGCAGCGGCUGCGCCUCCCCGCAAACGCGGCCGGCCACCGGCGGCCGCGGCCGGCGCGGAGGCCGGGGGCCAGCUGCAGCCAGGACCGGGCAGUAGGUUCUUUCCCAGAGACGCGCAGGAGGAGGUCCGCCGGUUCCUGCUGCUGCUGGUGGCGCCACACGAGGCGCGGCACCGGGACCCGGAGACGUUCUCCCAGCCUGUCCGUAACUGGGCGCGCAAGCUGGACGUGCCGCUGCAUGAGCUGGUUCCAUCAGAAGUGGGGCUGGACUGGAGCGGUCCCAUGAAGAAGCUGGAGCUGGCGGUGUACAAGAACGUGGAAGACCUGUGCGCCGACCUGCAGGACCCUCUGGACACGGCCAUCACGGUGCAGGUGGCGGCCAUGGGCAACGGCCUGGCGCGCUUCAGCAGCGGCAACAUGGGAGCGGCGGCGGCCGCGGCCGUGGCGGAGGGCGGGCAGCUGGGCGCCCCCGCCGACGACCCCGCCUCGGCGGCGCUGCUGGCUUCGCGGCGCGCCCGGCAGCUCAACACCAUGAAGACCACUUUCCUCGCCGAGCUGCUGGCGGCCAUUGACGACCUGGUGUACCGCCGCAUGGACGAGAUGAAGCAGGUGGCUGCUCGCGAGAACGCGGAGCGCUACGCCGCGGCGCUGGCUGAGCUGCCGCCCGAGCUGUGCGGCAUCCCCGAGGCGGUGCGCGGCCAGCCACUGCCGGCCUCAGUGCAGGCCAACCGGGAGCCCUACUUUUCCGUCACGCCCUGGCGCAAGGACCCAUUCCCGCCACGGGCCUACGAGACUCUCACCUCGUACGCCAUCCGCUCCACGGUGCCCUCUGAGUGCGCCGUGCUCAAGGCCAAGUUGCGCACGCGGCGGCAGGACGGCGCGGCGGAGCACUUCAGUGUGGAGCACGGCAAGGAGCUGGGGCUGGAGGCGUGCAAGGAGAAGGAGGCGGCGUUGGCGGCGGCCGUGCGGGCUCGGCGCGCGCUCAAGCUCGGCGAGCAGGUGGUGGAGGUGGACUGCUGGGGCAUGGACUGCUACACGCGCAGGAACAUAUUCGACGCCGUGCGCGAGAGCGGCGCCUUCGUGCACUGCCGCAUGGACACCGAGGCCAAGCCCGAGCCCGCCGACGGUGAUGCCAAGCCGGAGGUCAAGGUGGACGCCGGUGCAGCCGAGGCCGGCGCGGUGGAGCCGGGCAUACCGUCAGUGAAGGCGGAGCCAGACGCGGCCGCUGCGGCUGGGGCGGCGGGUGCGGGCGCAGUAGCAGACGCCAGCCAGAGCCAGGCCCUGACUCAGAGCCAGCUGCUGAGCCAAACGCAGGGCGCCAGUCGCGGCGCCACACCGUCGGCCUCGGGUCUCACUGGUGAGCAGCUGAAGCGCGAGGCCACGCCCUCGGAGGCGGGCGUAACAGAGAACACGGGAGCCGCGGGCGACGACGCAAUGGAGGACGACGGCACCCGCGACGACGAGGCGAUUGCGGCGGCACUUGCGGCGGAGGAUGCGGACAGCGCGGAGGUCAGCGCGCGGCCAAAGCGGAGAGGUGGGCGGCCGCGGCAGAAGUUUGGUGUCGGGGACGACAAGGGGGCGGGCCCAUCAGCGCCGCCUCCGCCUCCGCCUCCCUCGUGUGAUCCCGGCGAGGCCGACGCGAUCAACGACUGGAUCGACAAGCGCGUGCUCAUCGGCGCCAUCAGCAAGGGCGCGGAGGGCUGGAACCUGCUCAAGGUACUGGAGACCGUGGCGGCGGAGGCAGCGGAGCGCGGCGACGCGCCCUGCGCGCAGGCGGCAGAGGCGGUCAUUGCACGGCUGCGGCAGAUCGGCUGGAACUACUUCCGGCUGCACCCCAAGGGCCGCGGCGUCAUCUGCCGGGUGCCGGGCGGCCUGGAGCCCUUCACCUUUGUUGAGGAGUACCUGGGCGAGCUGCACAGCCCCUGGCGCUGGUUCGAGAUACAGGACGCGAUCAAGAAGCUGACCCAGCAGGAGCUGCCCGACUUUUACAACAUCACUCUGGAGCGGCCGCGCGACGACCCGGACGGAUACGACGUGCUGUUCGUGGAGGCGGCCUUCAUGGCGUCGUUCGCCAGCCGCAUGAGCCACUCGUGCACGCCCAACUGCGCGGCAGUGGUGGUGUCCGUCAACGGCCGCCUAACUAUCGCCAUGUACACCAAGCGUCGCAUCGAGGCCGGCGAGGAGCUGACAUUUGACUACCGCAGUGUGACGGAGAGCGAGAAGGAGUACCGCGAAGCCAUCUGCCUGUGCGGCACGCGCUCCUGCCGCGGUUCCUACCUCUACUACAGCGGCAGUGACGCCUUCACGCAGGUGAUGGAGGAGAAACACAACUUCCUGCACCGGCAGGUCCUGCUGCUGCGGGCCUCUGCGGAGGACCUGACGGAGGACGACCACACGCGCCUGCGCGCACACGCCAUUGGGCCCACCAGCCUUGGAGACGGCUCGCCCGGCAACAACAGGGCUCCGGACUGGCUGGUGAAGUGGGCGGCGCUGGUGCUCCAGUACGUGGAGCUGGAGAAGCGCGAGCUGCCCAGCUUUCUGCUCAAGCUGCCGCCGCACUUGGGCCGGUUCACGCUCGAGACCGCAGCCAUAGAGGCGCAGGCCAUUGCGGAGAACCGGGUGCACCAGAUCGUGAUCACGCUGGACAAGGUGAAGCAUGUGCUGAGGCAGCCCGGCCAGCUCCAGACGCCGCCGAUGCGCCUGCUGACGGAUGCCGAGGUUACCUCCUACUUGUGGACCGGUGUAGACUCGAUUGCAAAGCGCGCGCUUCGGGCCGCGGCCCCCAACCUGGCGCCCACGCACAGCCUGGUGGUGCAGCGGCUGUACGAGGUGCUCAACGGCAGCCGCGCCGCCGCCACCGCAGCCGCCGCCAACGCCUCGGAGGAGCUGGACGCCGGCGACGACGACGACGGCUCGCAGCCGCGCAGGAAGGCGGGCGGCCGCAAGGGCGGAAAGGGCGGAAAGAAGGGCGCGCGCUCUGGCGGCGGUGAUGACGACCCGGACGUGUCCAGUGGCGACAUUGAGGAGGAGGACGGCGACGAGGACGAGGACGAGGACGCGCCGCGCCGCGGGCCCGGCCGGCGGGUUGGGCCGGGCAGCAAGGCGGCGGGGCAGCCGGGCGGCGCGGUGGACGAGUCGCUGCCGCUGGACCUGCUGUCGUUCGUGCACGGGCCGGACGGCAGCAAGGCGCCCAAGCUGGCGAGCAUCAUCAAUGUGGUCGCGCGACAGGCCAACACGGCGGACGAGGCGCGCGCCAACCUGCUGGAGCUUGAGGCGGCGCUGCGGGCGGUAGACACGGAGGACGCGGCGGCGCAGCUGGCCACGGCGGGUGUGCACACGGGUGCGGCGGACAUGCUCCACCUGUACGCGUGCACGCGUAUGUGGUUCACGGCCGAGCGCGGCUACAAGGGCUUCGCCUCGCCGCCCAUCGAGCUGCACGAGGAGAUGGUCAAGCUCCACCGUGUCAAGCUCACAGGCGGGGAGGGGCUGCUAAGCAGCGGUGGCGGCGGGAGGGGGCGGGGUGCAGGCGGCCGUGGCCGCGGGCGCGGUCGUGGCCGGGGCCGCGGCGGCGCUGCUGCUGCUGCCGCUGCUGCUGCUGCAACGUCGAUGGAAAUGCAGAUGGGCAGCGAGACGGAGAUGGAGCUGGAUGGAGCAGGCGAGGAGUCUGCUGCCGCUGCUGCCGGGCCAGGUAUCAUCACGCCGCCCACUGAGUUGCCUGCGCCGGCGACGGCCGGAGGUGCUGUCGCCGCCACGACAACCGACGCGCCGGCCGUGUCUGGCGAAGCAGCCAUAGUUGCACCAGCCGAAGUCGCCCCUGCGCCUGGUGUGACGGCGACGGCGACGACGGCGGCGGGCUCUGGAGCGCCGGCGAAUGCGGACGGCAGCAGCCCCUGCGCGCUGGUGUCGCCGCAAGUGGUGUCAGCGCGCAAGUGCACGGCUGUGAAGCUGGCGGACCCGUCCGUGCUGUGCAAGCGCUACGGCCCUUGGUUCAUGUGGGGCCAGCUGAGCGGCUGGUACAAGCAGACUGUGUAUGACCCCACCGCCUCGCUGAGCGCGGAGCGGCGUGGCACGCUGUCGCUGCCAGACAUGGAGUCCUGCUACGGCACGCGCGCCAAGUACACCUACAAGGAUCGCGCCGCGGUGAUCAAGCACAUUGAGACGUCGCCAGAUGCCAUGUGGCGCACCUCUCUGCCGUUCUCGUUCCGCAACACAGCCAAGGUGUACGGCAGCCCCAUGUUUGACCAGGUCUACUAUGCGGCCACUGGCGCCCCCCACAUGAACCCAGUGCCGGAGCUGCUGCGGCACCUCAAGAGCGUCAAGACGCCUCUGUCAGAACACAAGAAGGGGCGGUAAGCGCACGUCUCCAUGUCAAGGCGACUGAGUCAAGACCUUGGCGCAAAGUGCUGGUGGUAAGAAGAGCAAGUGAGCUGGAGUGGGAGUCCAUCUGAGGAAAGGCCCAGCAGCUGCGGGCUGUGAACAUAUGGAGAAUGCAGUUAUGGGUGCUAAGGGAUAUAGUGGCUGCGCAUUCUGGAAAUAAGGGUGGCCGUGGUGGAGGCCCGGACGGUUGCAUAGAUGUUGCUUGGCCAAGGAUAGCGGCAUCUUAUUUGUGACGGUUGCGAGGCAGCAUCUUACUUGUGACAGUCGUGAGACGUGAGACGUGAAGCUGGUGUUCAGCGAUUUGGGUGGGUGGGGGGGGGGGGGGUUGUCUGCAACCAUUGGGCCACGGUAACGCCUCAAAACACGGGCUCGCUGUUAGCUGAUAGAGGUUACAUGUGGGAUGACACUGCAGGGUUGCCAAGUACGCGACCCUCUCUCCAUAAUACGCGUAUUGAUACAGCGUACUAGGAUUUCUAGUACAGUACGUUUAAAUACGGUGCAUAAUACGCUGGGCCACGAAAUCCGGGGGGAAAGCCGGUGCAAACACGACACGCAUGCCCGCACCAUGCCCGAAUCGGUGUGAAUUUGUAUUUGCGCGGCCAUAGUCUUCUAGCGGAAUUUCCUUCAACUUAUUAUACUCAUGUUGUUACAAUAAAACACAGCUGCAGUGCGGAGAGCAGUAUGAUUCGCGGACAUUCGAAGGACAUCCUUUCC